UAUCAACGUUGACUGCACCCUGAGACAGUUCAUUCCAACUGGGCUCUUGCAGACAUGGGCACAAUCAGAGGAGACAUGCAGGCAAAGAUACAUGGAGCAGGUCACCACGGAAACUGAAGUGGAUUACACGCAUUUUCGGAAAACUGGCUGGUUUUAUGAUUGGUGCUGGAUAGGUCUCCGAUAUAACAGUAGCAAUAUCAAUAAGACCUGGGAAUGGGUUAAUGGGAACCCCACUACGUACAGCCACUGGGCUCAACCUCCUACUGGUGUUGGUUGUGGAGUAUUUUCUUAUUACUAUGGUUGGUAUAUAUAUGAUUGCUCAAGUCUAUUCAUGACCGUCUGUCAAGCCCCAUUCCCAGUCACAGGUUUAACUGCAGACUCUGUGGAAAACAACGGCGUUUCUCUGAGUUGGAGCAGUCCUUCCCAGCUAGAUGAGGUCCCACACUACUUUAUCAUCACCUACUCCAACUCCAAUUCUGAUGAUGAAGGCGCAGCUAGUACAGCUGACAAUUCCACUGUCUUCUCUAACCUGAGACCAGGAAGAGAGUAUGUCUUCAAAGUCUGUACCAAGGAAAACAACACGUUCCUUCAGAGCCAGCCGACCUCAGCUUCAGUCUACAUAAUCCCGUCCCCACCUGGAGAGAUAAACAUAGGCUCUGUGGGAACAGUCUCGGUUUCCCUGAGCUGGGGCAACCCUGUUGAUAUGGAGGGGGUCCAGUACAACUUUAUCGUGAGCUGUUAUGGGUCUUUUUGGGGUGACCAACAUUCCAUCAUUAUGACCUCCAAUUCCACUGUUAUUACAAACCUGGGACAAGGGUGCAACUACACCCUCAAUAUCACCACUGCACAACCCAAUGGGCACAAAAGCCUGUCUGCAUCAACAUUUUUCUACACAAACCCAGUCCCUCCAGGUCUGAUCAAGAUAGUCUCUGUGGGAAACGACUCUGUUUCUCUGAGCUGGGGCCGUCCUUCUGCCACUAUGCAGUUCUCAUACAGCUACAACAUAACCUAUGCCAGCUCUUUUUGGGACCAACAAGACUCCAGCAUUGCUACCUCUGAAUCCACUGUCAUCUCUAACCUGAGACCCGGAAGCGAGUAUGUCUUCAAUGUCACCACUGUGCAGGUCAAUGGGGCUCAGAGCACGCCCACCUCAAUAUCUCUCUACACGAGUCCAUCCCCACCAGAAGGGAUCAGGGUAGACUUUGUGGAAACCAAUUCUGUUUCUCUGAGCUGGGGCAAGCCUGUCUAUAUGGAUGAGAUCAACCACAGCUUUGCCAUAACCUACUCCUGCUCCUUUUGGCUUUACAAAAACUCUACUACAGUCACCUCCAAUUCAGUCGUCCUGUCAUACCUGAGACCUGGAAGCGAGUACAUCUUCAAUGUUACCACUGUGCAGUAUAGUGGGGCCCAGAGCACGUCAGCUUCCAUAUCUCAGUACACAAACCCAACCCCACCAGGAGAGAUCAGUGUAGACUUUGUGGGGAACGACUCUGUUUCUCUGAGCUGGGGCAUCCCUGAUAGUAUGGGUAAGGUCCCGUACAGCUUCAACAUCACUUACUCCAGCUCCUUUUGGAACCUCCAAAACUCAACUCCUGCCUCUUCUUAUUCUACUGUCAUCUCUAACCUGAGACCUGGAAGCGAGUAUACCUUCAAUGUCACAACUGUGCAGAGAAAUGGGGGGCGGAGCACACCUGUUUCAACAACUCUGUAUACAGUUCCGCCCCCACCUGGAAAGAUACGGAUCGACUCUGUGGAAAGCAACUCUGUUUCUCUGAGCUGGGGCAGUCCUGUCGGAAUGGACGGGCUCCAGUACAGCUUCAGCAUCACCUACUCCAGCUCCUUCUGGGGUCACAACGGCUCCACCACUGCACCCUCCAACUCCACUGUCAUCUCUAACCUGAGACUGGGUAGCGAGUACGUCUUCAGCGUCACCACCGUGAACAAAGGAGGCCAGAGCACACCUUCAAUAACAUCUGUCUACACAAAGCUGGCCCCACCUGGAGAGAUCAGGGUAGACUCUGUGGGAAACGACUCUGUUUCUCUGAGCUGGGGCAGUCCUGUCGGUAUGGAUGGGCUUCAGUACAGCUUCAACAUCACCUACUCCAGCUCCUUCUGGGGUCACAAUGGCUCCACCAACGCACCCUCCAACUCCACUGUCAUCUCUAACCUGAGACCUGGAAGCGAGUAUGUCUUCAAUAUCACUACUGUACAGGCCAGUGGGGGCUGGAGCACACCGGCUUCAAUAUCUCUCUACACCAACCCGGCCCCACCUGGAGAGAUAACUUUAGACUCUGCGGAAACCAACUUUGUUUCCCUGAGCUGGGCCACUCCUGUGGGUAUGGAUGCGAUUCCACACAGCUUUAUCAUCACAUACUUCAGCUCCUUCUGGGAUCACCACAGCUCCACCACAGCACCCUCCAAUUCCAUCACCAUCUCUGACCUGAGAGCGGGCAGCGAGUACAUCUUCAAUGUCACCACCGUGCAGGGCAACGGGGGUCAGAGCACACCUGCUUCAGUAUCCCUCUUCACAAAACCCAAUGAGAAGCGCUUGUACCUGAAAUUCGUCUGCAGUUCUACAGAACGUUCCGUGUGUGAAAAAGAGAAGCAGAAGGUCCAACAGGAGACUGAAGCCAGGCUGGCGAAGCAGCUGAAGGGAUUGUACUGGAAAUUGAACUGGAAAGAGAAGGAGGUGAAAGAGUGUAGCGAUGAACCGGAGGGAGACGUUUAAAUACGUUUCCAGUUCUGUUACUCCAAUAUUAUAUUUUAAUAACAGCCAUUACUAUUUUGAGCCUGUAGAAUCCUAAUUGCUCAUAUUUAGUAUUUUCAAUUAUACCUUUAACUCAAUUCCAUGUAAGUUUUUUUUUUGUGAUUAUAUAUUCAGUGGAUCUAAGACCAGAACAGGAGCUUUGACAGGAGUGGAUCUGGUCAACAUUAGUAGAGAUUGUAGAAAUCUGUGCUUUUCUUUGACUGAGGGAGCUGAUUAAGAAAGUCUAUGGGCUUUAGACCUCAAUGAUUUAUACCUAAGAGCACCCAGGCAUGAUGCUGGAGAUUAGUACAUGCUACUGAAUAUAUUGCUAUUAUUAAUAGUGUAAGUUUAUAUCCUCUGCAAUGCUCAUUACCUGUAGACAACUGCCCUUGUCUUUUGUAAGUUCCCUUGAGCUAAGAGCCUCUGCUUGGGACACCCAACUGAUGGCACGAUGAAUGGUCUAGCAGAUAACAACCGCAGCGUUGGACGUCCAUACUUAAGCUGAUCAUUCGAGUGCAAGCCAGAUGCUCAGCUCAGGAGCUUUGCUAAUUACAAAACAAAACUUCUUCGAGUCGAAGACCAUAAGAGUGGCGUUAUCUGACAUGCUUUGACUUUCUGUAGCAUUGUAGCACUGUGCUUUUCUCUGGUUGAUUUGGAGCCGAUAAGGAAAGGCUGGAGGCUCUAGUCUUAAACGAAUUAACUCAAGAACACCUAAACAUGAUGCUGGACAUGUGUGCAGGAUGCUUUGUGAGAUUGAGCACCUAAACAUGAUGCUGGAGAUGAGUGCAGGAUGCUUUGCAAGAUUGAGCACCUAAACAUGAUGCUGGAGAUGAGUGCAGGAUGCUUUGCAAGAUUAUCAUUAUAAUGUGAUCAUAUUUGAAUAGUGCAUUA